AGCCGGCCCGGGCCGAGUCUCGCCGCUCCUCAGCUGAGGGAUUCGCCGCCGGGAGUCCGCGCGAGCCGAUCGUGCUCGAGAGGAGGUCGGAGUGGCACCGCAAUGGCUAGAGAGCCUACUGGGCGUGCACAGCCGCGGUGACCUUCCUGUCCGAGGCCCAUGGAGACAGGAGGCCCUGGGUGGAACAACAUGAAGCCCCAGUCACUGCAGCUGGUGCUGGAGGAGCAAGUGCUGGCACUACAGCAGCAGAUGGCCGAGAACCAGGCAGCCUCCUGGCGGAAGCUGAAGAGCUCCCAGGAGGCCCAGCAGAGGCAAGCAACCCUCGUGAGGAAGCUGCAGGCCAAGGUGCUACAGUACCGGAACUGGUGCCAAGAGCUAGAGAAACGGCUGGAAGCCACUGGGGGACCAAUCCCUCAGCGAUGGGAAAGCAUGGAGGAGCCAAACCUGGAACAGCUGCUAAUCCGAUUGGAGGACGAGCAACAGAGGUGUGAGAGUCUAACAGAGGUGAACACUCAGCUUCGGCUGCACAUGGAAAAAGCUGACGUGGCGAAUAAAGCCCUUCGGGAAGACGUGGAAAAAUUGGCAGUGGACUGGAGCCGAGCCCGAGAUGAGCUAAUGCGGAAGGAGAGCCAGUGGCGGAUGGAGCAGGAGUUCUUCAAGGGCUACCUGCAAGGGGAACAUGGUCGCCUUCUCAGCCUGUGGAGAGAGGUGGUGACCUUCCGACGCCACUUCCUAGAAAUGAAGUCGGCCACUGACAGGUCAGUGUGGGAGUGGGAAGAGAGAAGGUUCUGGACUUAGGGUGGGCUACUAUAGGAGGGGCCCAUGGGGCAGUGAGAAGAGAGAACUGGAGGGAAGACAUGGGAGAAGGAGGAAUGUAGGGAUGUUGGCUUUAUUCUGGGUAUUGCGUGGGUAACUGAG